UGACUUUGAAGGCCCAAUAUCAACACUGAUAAAAGUUAACAAAAAUAGAAAAAGAAGAAUAGUUGAAGAAAGUUCUAAAGAGGAUGACUUCGUUAAGCCACUCCCAAAAAAGAAAAAAGAUGACAAGAAGUCUAAGAUACAGACAAAAAAACAUUCAAAAAAGGUGGAACAACCUAAAACAGAACAUAGGGAAUUCUUCAAAUACAACGAAGCAAUACUGUUGAGAUGCCAACCUAACUCAUACAUGGAUACUGUGAAGAAAUUUUCAAAAAAACAGGUUGAAGAGGUAAGGAAUAUGGGAUUUGGUGCUAUUCUAGAUAUCAAUAUCAACCAUAUUUCGACACGAUUGGCAUAUUGGCUAGCCAGAAACUUUGACGAGAAGUUCGAUAAGCUAAACGUAGGAAAACACCAAAUAAAAAUAACAUCGGACAAAGUUUACGAGGUAUUUGGAAUACCAAAGGGGCCAAAGAAGGUUGAAAUAAUAGCCGAUAAGAGAAAAGUCAAAAAGCAGGAGAAAAUUGAAAAAAGUCAAGAACCGGGAAUUGCUGUCAGGGAUACAUUCAUCAGCCAGUGGGGGGUAAACAGGAGAAUUACCCAUGGCUUAAUUGCAGAUACAAUGGAAAAUCAAAGAGACGAGGGGAGCAUGUUUAAAUUAAAUUUCCUUGUGUACUGGAUGACCUUCUUUGCGGAGAUUACAAAGGAAACGCUUGCAAAUGAUAGAUGUUUGCUUGGUGUAGGAGAUGUUGAGGAAAUACAUAAUCUAGAUUGGUGCUCAUAUCUACUCGAAACCUUGUGUCGUACACGAGCGGGCUGGAAGAACUAUAAAAUACAGUUCGUGGGACUUGUUGCCUUUCUUACGCUUCUAUACACGCAUGAGUACAACAAAAGGCUUAACCUAUUUGAGAAAGCCGUGGAGAUACCAGUUAUUCGUUAUAUCACAUCUUCGGAGAUUGAUAAAGUCGAAGAUCAUAUUUCGGAUAACGGACCUCUAUGGAUAUCAAGUGAGAGUGAAGAAGAAGAAAAUGAAGAAGAAAAUGAAGAAAAAAAUGAAGAAGAAGAAGAGGGUCCUUCAACGGAGGAUUAUACACUACGACCACCGGUUGACACCACAAUAAACUACAAAAGAAGGACUACGCGUACAGUACAAAACAAAGAAACCGGGGAAGAGCCAAAAGAUAACGAGAACAUUGAUGAUUUCAUGGAUUUCAGUUUUGAAAUCCAUGAAAUGUCUCAGUUGAACCUUGAGUUUGGAGUUGGAACACAGACACAGAAAAUGAUGGAUUAUUGCUCCUGCUCAACUUUCACCAUCGGUAUUCUACGACACAGCCCGUGAACAAGAACUAGAGGCUUCGAGAACCAACAAAAAGGUAUGCGCAAAAAAAAUAUUAAUUUCACUUAAUCCAUU